AUGUCCGACCAAUUUCGACACGAAUUCACUAAAUAUAAGGAUAUUAUUAAUCGCGAAGCAAACGGUGACAAGAAAUGCAAUGAAACCAUUACCCAAAAUUUGACACAACUUUAUGAUACUAUUUAUGAUAAGAUCGGCAGAAAUGGGAUCAACUCAUUGCCUAUAUAUGAGAGGUUUGAGAACAUGAGUAUACCAUAUGCUGACAUCGAUAUCAUAGCCCAUGGUGUUGUCCACGAGUUGGACACCCCUAUCCAUCACGCAGAUAUCGUGGACAGGGAUCCCGUUGAGAGUCUGAGCGCCGAAUACAAUGCCACAUAUAUGCGGAAGUGUUACACGUUUUUCAACAUUGAAGACAUGGAAGCGAUUGGAAGCGACUCUUCGGAUCUCGGAGUCAAUGACGACAUGAGUGGAGACAAUGCGGUCACCAAUGGAUCAGUUGUUGCGAAGGACAGCACCGGUAGUCAAGAGAUGGCUAAACGAAUGAAGACAUCAAUACUGGACUCACAGACGAUCCCUUCCUCUGAGUCUUCAUUUGAGUUCAGCAAAGACUCUUUCGAUCGAUUCGGCGAUGAUUUGUGUCGACUAUUACUGUCUUAUCUGCCAUUUGAAGAGCACUUCCGAAGGGAAUGUCUGUCCAAACAAUUCCAGAGGUGUCUUCACAUCCCUAUCAAAGUCCUCACUAUCACUGACACACUGUUUGCCAAAAUGAGCGCAAAGUGUGGAUCCUUUGGAAGCGAUGUAUUGACUGAUAUUCUCAAGAAGUGUCCCAACAUUCAGACCAUUAAUUGCUACGAUAUAUCAUAUAAAAGGCAAAUCUUGGAGGCCAUCGAUGGUCUGUCCGAUGAUUACUGUCGACGUCUCACACGAAUUGACUUCAGUUUUGCAUUUAUCUCCGAUUGUGUCACUAAUUGGGUUCAAAAGUUUGCGCCAAAACUCCAGAACCUCGGAGUCAAUGCCUCAAACUCCCAGUGCCUCCAGUAUUGCCAUCAUUUGCGUCACCUUCGGGUUCAGUCAUUGACUGAUGUCUUCACUCCAGACAAUCGCCUAACGGCUCAGAAGUUAGUCUCAAUUGAGUUCAUAAUAACGGAUGACUUCUCUAAUGAAAUGUUCACCACUUUUGUCGCAAACAAUAAGUCACUGAAAAGUCUUUAUGUGAUGUGUUGGCCGACACUAUCGAUGGGAACUGUCAUUGGAUUUAUGGCACAAAUCUCGGGAUUACCACAACUCCAGCGUUUGAGACUUAAUUUCUUGGGCGCCAAACCAUACUCUCUGUACGACUCGUUGUACACAAUCGGCACUAAUUGUCGGCAAUUGAGACGAUUUUCACUGAUAUUUAAGUCCAACUCAUCGAAACUGAACGUCGAUGUCAUGAAUGCCAUGAAAUUUAUGCCGCGAUUACAUCGACUGGAUUUGUUGUUAUGGUUGACACCCGAUGCCGAAGUGGUCACCGAUUUUUGCAUAUUUCAUGCCAUCAAUGGCUGCAAACGAUUCACUCAUUUAACACUCCGUUUGUGGCGAAUACGCGACACACUGUUUGCCGGCAUCCAGACUAAUCACCGGAAACUACAGGUGCUCUCCAUUAAUACCACCGAUGAAGACAACAAAUACAAUGAAUCGGAUUUCGAGACAUUUAUUAUGAGAAGUAGUGCUAAAUUGAGUGCAUUUACGGUCCGUCAAAGGGGUCGCCCUGUGAUCCACUUCAGUGACCAACAAAUCUAUGAAUUGAGACACAAUUAG